AACCCGCGGGAACUUCCGUGGCCUCGCUUGGCAGAUGGCGGACGGUUCAAGCGGCAAGAAGUUUUUGAAUGUGAGCAAAGCAAUUUGGGACAUCGUUGACAAGUUCUUCGACCCAGCGAAGGUGCUCACGCAGCGCGGGUACGAGCUCAUCCAAACGUACAGCAUCAGGGCUGCACACCCUGUGCUUCCUUACGUCAUGCAUUUUUUUGCAAUGAUGUGCGCCCUUAGCAACGGCGCCAAAAGCGCGUGGUUCCCCCACGCUCACAGCCCCAUGUUCUUGAUGGUCCUGAACGUGACUUUCGCCCAGACGAGAAAGUCAUCCAUCACCGGGAACGGCGACAGCUUCGGGGACAAGCUGGACCAGGUCGCUCGGGAUGUUGUGGCGCAGAAAGUCCUGGCAGCAGCGUCCGUCGUAGGAGAUAUGCAGGGGGCACCACCACGUGAUGAAGGGGGCCGUCGUCGUCGGAAUCCUGACGCCGCGGACCCCAGUGGUGCAGCGGAUCCCCCGCGGCAGCCGCAAGUUGCGUCCUGCGUCCUGCACGCGGCGACGCCCACAGAAUUCUUCCACCGUUGCGCCGGGGACUACCAGCAGGUCCCAGACGCGGAGAACUUCCCCGGCGUGGAUCUGCGAGGCCGUCACGUGUACGGCGUCUUGGUGAACCCUGACGAGGCAUACGACAUGCUCACGAGUUUCAACUUCAUGGACGAGCAGAAGGCGGGGAAGAAGCAGACCACUGUGAAUGCCUUCCAAAGUGCGCUCAACAAGUUGGCGCAAUAUGGGCAAGCAUCCAGGGCGACCAAGACUGCUGGCUCCUACGGCCGGGUGGACGCGCCUACAGUGUCUGUGGGAAUUUCAGGAAAUGUACACUUCUCGACGUACGUGCCCAUGGAGCGCGGGGAGACAGGGUCUCGCCACACUGCCGCGAAAGAGAGGAUUCUCAUCAGCACAGGGCGCCCUGUGCAGCCGCACGCCCCCUUGCCAGACACGUACGCAAUGCCCGCGGGCACUUUGCGGCACAAGUGGGUCCCUCUGGUGGCCGAAGUGGCAGAGGCGCUCGAGCUGGUGGCCGGUUCGGCGUCCCCCGACCAGGCCGCCCGCGUGUGGGCCAGGGCCGCCAGGCCGCGCGAGGACGACGCCGCUUCCUCUGAGACGGUCGACGGGAAGGUGUACGUUCCCGACGCCGAGGGCUUCUCGGUAACCUUGCCAGAUGGCGUGCAGACACAGGUCCGCUUCCAGCGGGACGCCUCGGCGCCCACGGGGUUUCGCCCGGAAUGGUUGGUCGCCAACAGAUCUUUCCCGAUGCCCGCGCACCACUCGCUAGAGACGUGCGUGCCCCGCGUGACCACGUAUUUCGAGAAGCCGCACGUAGUGUUGGAGCCGACCGUGGAAGCGCUCGCCCUGCACCAAUCGUACCAGGGGGCGUUCAAUGUGAUGUGCUAUAAGCAGCGAGAGGCGGGCCGCGAGUACGCCAGGGCCGCGCUGGGUGCGGCGCCGUGGCACUUGGGGGAGUUGGCGUCGGCGCUGUGCAUAUUCAAGUGGCUUACGCAACCGGGGGUCGGCGGAUUCGACAUCUUCUGCGGCAGGUACGACGACACCGAGGAGUACACUUCGAGGAAGAUUGCACCGCAGGAGGAGCACGUCGAGCGCGCGGCGUCCCUGUUGAAAGUGGUCCACUUGUUGAAGGUAGCCGCAGCGAGCACGGAGGAGGAACCGGAGCCAGCGGCAGCGGAUGCAGACACAGCGGAGCAGCGCCGGGUGGAGUUCGCUGCGUUCCUCGCGUCCUCGCAGGGCGCGUGCGACGGCCUGUGGUCCGCGAGCCAGCACGCGCGCGCGGAUCGCCCGCCCGUGGAUGCACCUCCUGCUGCCAGCGAAGCCAGCGCCCACGGCGGCGUCUCCAGGGGCGGGGCAAGGGAGGGGGAGCUUGCGGGAGAUGACGACGCCGUGUCUCUCGCGAACUCACAGGAGGAGCCCGGGUCCCCUGGCGGCGAGAUUGGCGACGUGAGCGCCGACGAGGCGUCUGCCCAGGCGGCCCAUGAGGGCGCCCCCGGGGGUGGCCCAACGAGCGGCCCUGGCAUCCUGGUGUUGGAGGACGUGAAAGGGCUGGACUUCGGCUACGGGGCCGAUGGGAGCAGCGUUCAAGACGGAGCGUGCCCCGUGGGCGCCUUCUGCCGUCUUAUGAACGUAGCUGCGGUGAAGAGGGCGCGGUACUUGGGCGCCAAGCACGAGUCCAAGUGCCAGACCAUCCAAGCAAUCCUGGAAGGGCGCCUGUCCGAGAUCACCGUGGAGCAGGUCUUGGACGCCAUCAGGGGGCUCGGGGCGACCGCGCGGCAGCGCAUCCUCCCCGACACCUUCCUCUACCAGCGCAUCUUCCCCAGCGCGUCCCUCCACCGGGACAUCCUCCUCGAGCUCCGCCGGGGCGCGCGCCCUGACAUCCAGUUUUUUGGCGGGGAGGAAAGCCCUGGCGAUUUAUUGCACAUUUCGGACAAGUGCCCUGUGCGCGAGAAGCGAAUGGUGAAGCGGCCAGGCUCUGGAUCAGAUGCCAUCGUCUUGGACGUGGGCGGUCCCGUUUGUAAGACUCACGUCCCUUACCGCUGCAAUUCGGUGGACUGUCCAAGGCGCGGUUUGGUACAUUGGCACAACUACUACGUGGACGCUGGACGGCACAUUUUCCACGGGGACGUUGCGGCCAUGAAAUGCAUCAUGCUUACCGCGAGCUUCGGGAUCACAACGGAGUACCUGGAGGCCUUGCACGAGCGAGUGCUGAGGGAACACGUAUCUUUUGCCGGCGAAGCUGACGUGGCGCGCGCCCGUGCCGGUGGAACUGCGCUGCCAGCCAACUUGCGGAAGUACCUGUCGAAAGGCUGGUUCGUGUGGCGGUUGGCCAGGCGCGUCGGCGAUUCGGGCCCUGAUGACACCGCUGUGAUCGACUUGAUGCAACCACUUGAAGACCAAAUCAAGGACACGUGGGACCAGCUCGAAUUAACGUUCGAGCGUAGAACCGCAGAGAGGGCCCGAGCAGCAGGCAUGAAGACCGAUGUGGUUGUGGUGGAUGGCAACGCCAAGAAUCGCAGGCUGACGUGCGCAGCGCCUCUGCGCCACUGUGUGACGUGCCCGCGCUUAGCUCGGCGGGUGUGCGUGGGCUGCCCCCGGACGCCGCUGCUGGGCAGUGCGUUUUGUGGAGAGCACGGCGUGCCCUGCGAGUGCCCGGCCGAGGACUACGAGGUGGUGGGGCACGAGGCGCCCGAGGCGGGGGGCAUGGGUUUGGACGGCUCGUUGAAAUUGUUGGUGCGUGAGCGCCGGGGCGAACUCAGGGAGCUGUGGGUGUCGGAGUCGGCCGUGGACCCGGGCAUCGUGAACGUCUACUUCCACGGUCUCGGGGAAGAUCGCAAAGCGGCCAGCGCGGGCCGGCGGGGGGCAAAGGCCAGGUGGAGACGGGCGGCGGCCAGCGAGGUGCGUCGUCAACUCGACGCCGCGGCCCCUGCGUGGGAUGCCCUCACGCCGGUGGAGCGGGAGCAGCUCCUUUCGGAGAUGUCGUGCGAGGCCGACCUGAAGGCCGUGGCGUGCAACACCCAUAAGGAGGACGACUCGCAGCAGGCGAAGUGCGCACGGACCGCCGGCGUAUUAUGCGCUUGCCUGUCCUCUGGUAUCGUCGUGUCCAUGCGGGAGAUGUUCGGCUGCGAAUCCUUGAGCCAAAGGCGAGGGGGCCGUCCCGAAAACACACGCGACGAAUUCCAUAAAAGCCCAGAAACGCGCGAGAGCGCGUGGAACUGGGGGGCAGAGCCCUUCCCGACUGAGCAGUAUCAGGGCUGCAUGAGCUCAGGGAUGCAGGAGUCUUGGGGCAUUCCACUGCGUGCUGAAGGCACGGUGGCGCAUUUGUUUAUUUCUGCGAUCGCAGAUACGUUCCCUGAGUUGGCUGUUGUCGUUCACGACGACGCGUGCCACUUGCACAGGUUCACGGAGCGCCGGGCGUCCGAUUCCCCGCAGGCCGCGCGUCUGGCUCCUCCAGCGAUCUUUUACAUCUGCGACGCUUUUCACAUGAGUGGGCCCACCGAUGCGUGGUGCAAAGCGAAUUGCAACCCAGCCGCCCCUCACUUGAAGACGCUGGUCGAGGGCGUGCGCACGUCCGUGUGCGAAUUUACAUUCACAUGGGUGAGCCAGUACAAGCAUCGAACGAAACACAUGAGCGAAUGGGGGUUUAAGUUUUUCUUGCAGGAGAUGUGCAUGGCGCACAACGAGGCUCUGUUCAAGGGUUCGGCUCCUCACCUCACCCACACGAGCGGGGACUGAACUCGAAGCGCGGUUCGGUUGUGGCACGGCUGUGCCGCGCCCGUUUUGGAGAUUGCGUCG